UUGACGCUCGGACGGCCCGAGGAGGUGUUUUCUUUGGACGAGCCGGUGCUUUCGCGCAGAGGGAGGAGGUUUCUCCUCCUCCUCCUCCGGCCGGGAACCGCCGGUGAGCUAGCUGGCCCCGAGGCGGCUUCUCCCACGGGGGAAAAGCUGCCGUCCUUCGGUUUCUCCUUCCACCGAAAUGAUCCAUUUUUGCCAUGAAUAGAGAUCUAAUAAGGUGGCUGGAUCAAUAUCUGCCAUGGCAUCAGAACUUUGUAAAACGAUAUCAGAGGCAAAGCUAGAAAGGCACAAGAAUUUAUUCUUGAACUAUCGAAAUCUUCAUCAUUUUCCUUUAGAAUUGCUGAAGGAUGAAGGUCUGCAGUACUUGGAGAGAUUAUAUAUGAAAAGAAAUUCGUUAACUACCUUGCCAGAAAACCUUGCCCAAAAACUUCCAAAUCUUGUGGAACUAUAUCUGCAUUCAAAUAAUAUUGUUAUUGUACCUGAAGCAAUUGGUUCUUUGGUUAAACUGCAGUUUCUGGACUUGAGUGACAAUGCUCUUGAAAUUGUAUGCCCAGAGAUUGGGCGUUUGCGGUCUCUACGCCACCUUCGAUUAGCUAAUAAUCAGCUAAAAUAUUUGCCAGCAGAGCUUGGAGACCUUAAAGAGCUACAGACGCUGGACAUCUCAACCAAUCAUUUGAUAACCUUGCCUGAAAAGCUGCACAUGUGCCUCUCUCUUCAGUACCUCACUGCUGACCAGAAUCAUCUCUGGUAUGUCCCUCGCCAUCUUUGCCAGCUUCCCAGCCUCAAUGAGUUGUCCAUGGCGGGAAACCAGCUUGCAUUCUUGCCUCUUGAUUUAGGUCGUUCCCGGGAACUGCAGUAUGUUUAUGUGGAUAACAACGCUCACCUUAAAGGUCUCCCUUCUUACCUUUAUAACAAAGUCAUUGGUUGUAAUGGCUGCGGCUCUCCCAUUCAGAAAACAGAAUUGCAGCUUCUUUCCUUUUCAUCGGGACAGUUGACGGUGUUCCUCCCAGCAGAGGUGAAGUUAAUAGGGACGGAAUUGGAUCGUGUGCUCCCCUUGCAGGAGGCGGCCAUGAGGACCCUGUAUAACCUAUACUGCCAGUCUCUAAAAGAUUUGAAGUUCAUGACUCCGAUCUCAUUACCUAGAAGCCUUCUGGAUUUGCUGCACUGCCCUCUGGGACACUGCCACCGUUGCAGUCAGCCCAUGUUCACUAUUGUCUACCCAAAGCUCUUCCCCUUGAGAGAGACACCGAUGGCUGGAUUACAUCAGGGGAGAACAAGAGUGAGUUUUGUGGCAUAUUGCUGCUCCACCCAAUGUCUGAAGACCUUUGACCUAUUGAGCUGAUAAAUACUUAAAGCUAUUCAGGAGCUGUGCCAGCUUCAAAGCAGCAGCAUUAGACUGUGGCUCCUGAUCGGGCUGGAAUUUGUGAGUGUAUGUGCCAAAGCAGCGGGAGGCAACAUGUCCCGGCUGGAAACACGGAGAACCACCUCCACCUGGCUCCUAUCAAAUCUGGACAAAAGGCAGAAACUCUCGUGAAAACAUUCGUGGUUGUCCAGCUUUAGAAAAUAUCUAACACCUCCCCAGGGCAGAGGAUCAAGCAAGCAAACACGAGAGCGAAGACCCUGCCAGACCCUUUAAAAACUCAUACACGUGGCUCAAGUUGCAUUUUAUACAUCGCUUGGGCUGUGUGGGCAAUAUCAGUUAGUGUGGGAUUUUUUUUUAACGAUACCUUUGCAGUCCUCGUAGCUUUUUCAAUUAUUUCCCUGCUUGGUUUCCUGUUACUGCUCUCUUGAGAAGCAACUGUUUCAAAUAACCAUUUAUUCAUGCUAGUGAGGUUUUUCCCUACUUCCCAUUAAGGGCCUAAUGCACAUUUUCUUUCUUCCCGCCGCCCCCAUCAUCUGAUGUCUUGAUAGGGACUUAAAGAUGUACUUGCAGAAAAACUUCUCUGUUGAACCUAAUUGGACGCAGUUGGGUAGGUAAAGAUAAGUGUUUUCGGCUAUUUUUCAUAUGUGGUUGAAGUCCCAAAGAAAGCAGCAUUGGCAGCCACAGAAAGUGGAUUUCUCCUUUGUCGGUGACUCUUUAUAAAACUUUUUUCACCUUUGAUAUCGAAGAACUGAAUGAGGUUUUUAAAAUGCCAGUAGACUUAGAGUAAGUUACAAGUUGUCUUUGGCUUCCCCUCCAUAUUUUAAAUAUAAAUAGUUUUGUGAAUACAGUAUUAUUAAUAUUUUAUUGUAAGCCUAGGGUCUCCGUGCGUGUUGAACUAAAUCCCCUUCCGGUCGUACUCAUUGCCUACGGGGGCUGUGCAUGGUGGGAGUUGUAGUCCAGCAUAUCAGGAGAGCACCGCGUUGUAAACGUUUUGUAUUGUAUGCUCUUUGGAGCCCCUGUUUCCAUAACUUUUCUUUUUCCCAUCUAAAAUCGGAGAAGCUGCAAAAAAAAGGGUUGAAACAAACUCAUUUUCCCUACAUUAUUAUGGUGGCGUUUUAAGUUGCGCUCAAUAACUUGCAAACUAUUUCUGCUCUGGAGGCUGCUUCUUAGAAUCUUUAUACUUAAAACAGCUCAGAAAUCAGCCAUUUAACACUUUGGGGAGGGGGGGGGAAGAGGAGGGAGAUCAACUCCUAAAGAGUUUACAAAUAUUUUUCAAAACUUUUGUGGUUCGCAUCCUUAUCAGGGACAGCUGCUUGCAAUUUUGACCUAUUGAAUUCUUCAUGUGUUAAUAGCUCGUAAUUUGAAAAAUUAUAUAUUUUUUAAAAAGUGGCAUAGUGGAGAAAGGUUAGCAACAGAAUCAACUACAUGGCAAGGGUUAAUGAGAGAAGAUAUGUGUUUUUGAUGCCAGCAAGAAUUGCCCCCUUCCUUUUAUGCUUUCACCCUCCUGAAAGAUGUCUUAAAAAUCAGUUCCAUGAAAUCCAGGCUAAAAUAUGCAUAUUAUGAACAAUUGGUUGGUAGAAUUCUGAACAGUACAGCUAUAAAGUCUUUGAGACAGAGCAUACCUGUGCCGCGUAAAGCAGCACCUAAACAUAAUAGCUAAAGGGAAACACGAAUCCUUUCACCUGAAUUUUCUAAAGUGCAGCAAAAAUACAAGUAUCUGCCUGCACUUCUUAGCUGUGGUUCUGUGAAUCCUAGGUAAGAAAUUGCAAUCAGAUAGGUUUGUAUUC